AGGGAGUGAGUGUGUUUGUGCAUGAAAGAGUGUGUGUGAGAGAGAAAGAGAGAGAGAGAGACUCUGUGUGAGUGGGAGAGUGUGUCUGUGCAAGAGAGUGUGUGUGUGUGUGUGUGUGUGUCUGUGUCUGUGCAAGAGAGAGAGUGUGUGUGUGAGUGUGUGUGAAAGUGGGGCAGAGUAUUUGUGUGUGUGAGAGAGGGAGUGUGUCUGUGCGUGAGAGAGUGAGUGUCUGUGUGAGAGAGAAAGAGGGAGAGAGAGACUCUGUGUGUGUUUGAGUGAGCAGGAGCGUGUGUCUGUGCAAGAGAGAGAGAGUGUGUGUGCGUGUGAGAGAGAGUGUGUGUGAGAGAUGGAGAGACUGAGUAUGUCUGUGAGAGGGAGAAAGUGUAUGUGUGUGAGAGAGAGGGAGCGUGUGUGUGUGUGUGUAAGAGUGUAUAGUGUGGUGGGGGUCACUUGUAGUGCGACAUGAACCCAAGAUCCUGGUUGAGGCCAUCCUCAUGGGUACUGGACUUGGCUACCAGCCUCUGCUCAGUGACUCUGUGUUGCUGUGUAUUCCAAAGGCUGUCUCGGAGGAUGUCUACCCGAAGAUCCAAGGCUGAGCCCCCUUGACCGCUGAUGUGUUCCCCGGAUUUUGAGGGAACAUCCCUGCCUGGCAAUUGUUGUGCAGUUUCCAUUCAUCCUUUGUCAUAGUGUCUGCAUGGUUUCCCCAACAUACCAUGCCUCAGGGUAUCCUUGCCAACAGCAUAUGAGAUAGACAACAUUGGUCGAGUCACAUGAGUAUCUGCUGGGACUAUGGGAAACACAUAAAUAACAAGCUUCCAUAUGAGCACAGAAGUGGCGUCGAUUCAAGAUGUACAUUAACUAAGAAAACAGUAAUCAGACAACCUGGAUGGGAUCUGGAGCACAACAAAAUAAUACAUGUACUUGGAGUAAUCUCAAAGAACAGCUCGUUUGAAAAUGCCACCUGUUUGAAACACAACAAAGCCUCAUUAACCAACAGAACUAGUAGGAUCCAACAUAUGGUUAAAAUGCCAUUUACAUGUGUAUACACAAAUUCCUGUGCAGCGAUAGAAAAUCAAGUAAAUUUGACAGUUAUAUUUCCCUCUGAUCUUAUAAAAAAGCACCAACAUGAUUUUAAAGGCUCACUUGUAAGGGCUUGCAAACUUGCUAAUGGUAGCCUAGCGCCCAGUAUUGUAUUAGUGACAUCAAAAAUUUCAACGCGAGGAAGAAAUAGGACCAAACAGCAAAAUCAAACCAGAACAGUUACCAGCAUUUACAAACCUGAACAGCAUACGAAGAGCAUUAAGAAUGUAACCUGUCUGAUAAAUCAUCCAACACUUCUUGCAUCUACAGAACUGAUCUUGGGAUGCCCUUUUGCCAUUGCAAUUAAAGAAAACAGAAGUCGUGUCCAAGGGAAGAAAAGGAAAUUUCACUUCAACGCCAUGGACAGUGAGCAAAUCAUUGAGUUUAAGAUAACUGGUUUUGUGAACCAAGUUAAGCUAAUCUGCUCAAAACACAAUGAUUCACUUCCGGAAGGUAUUGAACUGAUCAAAAAUAGCCUCAAAUUCAAAGCACCAAUGAGAGAAGAUUAUGCUGGCAUAUAUACGUGUGAAGCAUCCUAUCAACAGUGGACAAAGAAAACGCAUUGGAAAAUUGAGUUUACGUCAUAUGAAAACCAAUGGCUUCCUACAAGAGCUGUGCUAACAGCAGUAUGUAUUAUCCUCACAGCCAGUGUCACUUUCUGCUGUGUUUUGAGGUGGCAUAGAAGGAAACAACUCGUUGUUAUUCCCCAGCAAUAUUCAAUUCAAAACAUUGGAUACCAGGCUACCAGAGAUUCCCAUCACAGCUUCAAAACAAAACAGGACGUUGAGGACGGUGCCAGCAGGGUUAAUAUACCACAGGAUUCCCAAAAAGAUACUGGCCCUACAAAUACAACCCAGGGGCCUAUGGGUCAUGUUGAUGGCACUGAUGUAUCCCAAGCUGCUAAGGAAGAUGGUGAUGCAUCUGAAGAUUCCAAACAGCAUGUUAAAAGUCCCAAGCACGAUGCAAAUGAUAAGGAGUGUCUCGUUUAAGCAGGCCUAGUAAUGGCGUUUAGUUCUAUUCCUUUAGCCAUGAGAGGCCAACGUGUCAAUUGUAUAGCUUAUUAGCCCCAAGUCUGUAUGGAAAAAGAAGUAAAUUUAUCACAGAAUUCAAUUUGAAUACACUUGCUCACCUACAACCAAGUAGUUUCGUGUUGGGAGUCUCAUAAUGGAUAUUGGGAGAUCUGGAAGAACAUUUCUCAUGACUGUCAGUGUGGAGUAGCUUGCAUCUUGGGAUAUUGAAGGAACCAAGAAUAUAAUUUUUUGAUUGCUCAUUUUGUUUAGCUCUUUUUCUUCCAUGAAGACUCCAGUAGUCAGGCUGAUCUGUGAACUACUCUAUCUCAUCAGUAAAUAUCAUUCUGUAAUUCAACCCUGGGGAGACUUCCGUCCAACUUGGUCAAAUUUAUCACUUGGGUUUUCUUGAAAUAAAAAUUCAACACAUAUUUCUGUGAUGAAAUUCCUAUCAUGUAUUUGAGAGCUUAAUGAGAGAUAUUGACAUUAGUUCAACUUUAUUUUUAUAUUUAAGGAGGAAAUCAGCCUUAGAUUGCACCAUCCAAAUGUGUGACCUUUCCCACCUAUUAGGGAAAGAACAGCACAUACACCAAGUCACAUACCAUCCUGACUUAAAGCUAUAUCACUGAGUUAAAAUCCUGGAACUCCUUUCCGGAAAACACAGUGUAUCCACACCACAUGGACUAUAGUGGUUCAUGAAAGCACAUU